AUGGCGUUAUUGGUGUUUCAUUUGAUUGAUAAUGUUAAAAGGUUGGUAAAUUUGUGUUCCUUUGCUUAAAGAAAUUAGUUAAAGUGCUUCCGAUCUAAUAACAUGGCGGAAUUUCGGCCAGGUAGGUGUAAACAACUAAGGUCAGAUCGUAAUGAAUGAACUUCUCUAAAGUAAAAAGCGCUAGUUUCAACCUACAUGGACAUAAGUAACGGCUAGGUUGCGUGAAUAGGCGAUCAUCAAUCUGUAUUAUUGACCUUUAUGUGGCAUUUAUCAAUUUUAAGCGUCACUUCGGCUCAUUCGACGAGAUCUGGCCAUACAUUCAAAGUAAACGAGGAAAUUAUUCUCGCUAGAGGUGACAACCGUGUGAGCCGCGAGCUGCUUGGAUCAUGGUUCACUGACCCAAAGUCUAUUAAGAAGCGCAAUGACCCUCCCCUUCCAUACUCGGUGCUGAGUCUUCGCCUAGACGGAGUUAUUGGCCAUGCGGGGAGCGUACAAGCGAACACCUUUCCCAACGCCGAGGUCGGUGGUUCAGAUGGUCGAUCAAUCACCACACCAAAAUCCAACACCCGUGAUGAAAUUGCAGCAAUUAACGACGCGAAUGUCGGCCAUCAAUCGUUCAUCACCCCAAGUGCAACGAUUUCUGAUGAGGGGGGGGAGACGCGAACAUUCAUAGGUAUGCGGUAG